AGAGGGCAUACGACCUGGGUCAGGUGAAUGCAUUGUGUGGAACCAAUUUUGCCACCGUUGAAACCUACCAGGCCUAGGUUGUGUUUUCUUCUGUGUGUGCACGCACUGCAUGGUGACUGUUGCUCUCCUCGGCUGCAGCUAUGGCAUCUUGUUAUUUGCAUCUCUUUUAAGUUCUUGUAAUUUUGCACGACAUCGAGGAACGUAGCUUUGUUCACCUGUCCCCGUCAUCGACAAGAUUUUAAAGAAGCCUUCUUUUUUAAUCAGGCAAACUAGAGAAAUCUACGACUUUUCAAUGUUUUCAUCAUGGGUGAUCUCUUUCAACAAGCGUUGUUGGUCAACUUGGUGGCGCUAGUCUGCUUAAUCGGAGUUUGUCGGGCGGUGAGCACUGGAUGUUCAGAUGUCUGCGAAUACUAUGAAUGGGGGAAGGAAGCCAGGUGCCAGGGGCGAUACCUGACCUACGUGCCACAAGAGUGCAACUCAGCCAAGACCUUGAGAUUGCAGGACAACCGACUGGAGCAGCUGGUCAAGGGUUCCUUCAGCAAUUUCACCUAUUUGAAGUACCUGUAUCUGGACAGAAACAAUCUGACGCUGGAGAACGGAGCAUUUGAAGGCUGCUCUAGGUUGCAACAGAUCCAUCUGAAUGAGAUAUGUACCCCAACCAUCGAACCGGACAUGAUGAAUGGACUGUCGAAUGUUCUCUACAUGUUCAUGAACAAGGCUGGGAUAGAGGUGAUUCAGCCAGGCACAUUUCAGAGCAUGUCUCAACUGAAGUACUUGUCUCUGCAAGAAAACAAACUCACGGCAGCCCCAUGCGAUGCGUUCUCGUCUGCCAAUUCUCUGCAAACUUUAUACCUAGACAGUAAUAAAAUCACGCAUUUGUCAGAUGACUGCUUCAGCAGAUAUCCUCACCUGGCCAAACUUUAUCUCAAAAACAACCCUUUGGGCGACCUCAACGGUCGUGCGUUUAAUGGACUCACCAAUCUCAACCACUUAGACCUGCAAUAUACAAACUUGACACGAGUGCCAACUGGAAUAUUUCCAUAUGCCAACAGAAUCCACACCCUUCAACUUUCUUUCAAUGACAUCCAGUUUCUCCAUAACCGCGAUUUUGCUAGUCUGACUGUACUAAGGAAGCUCUAUAUUCAGCACAAUCGCAUAAUUAGUAUUCAGAGCCGGUCGUUUGAAUUCCUCGAUUCUCUUAAUGUACUUGACUUGUCAUUCAACAGGAUAGAAUCAAUAGAAACUAGCGCACUUGAUGAUUUUCGGCAUCUGACUGAUCUCCGACUGCAGAAUAACUCGUUGAACUCAACCAGGAAUAUCAGCAGCAGCAUCCCUCAGGUUACUCAGCUUGAUCUUUCUCACAACCCCCUUCACUGCGAUUGCUCGAUUUACCCUCUUCAGUACAGGCUUGAAGCAAUAAGUCUUGGGGAAGAUCUGUCCUACAUGGCAACCUGUGCAUCUCCAGCAAGAUUCAAAGGACAAUUGAUUGCAGAGCUCAGCCAUCAUGACAUCUGCCCUUCUGCUGGUGAUAACAUGCCCUAUGAGACUUUUAUCACCCCUAAAAACCCCCUCUUUCAAAAGGAUCCCGAUGGUCAUCAACAGAUGUCAAAACUGGAAGAUGUUCAACCGUCUACAGGCUCACUGGAUAGUAAAAUGAUCUAUAUCAUCACUGGAGUUGCCGUAGCGAUCAUUUUGUCUGUUGGCCUAAUCACUAUCAUAAUCAUGAAGUGGCGCUAUAAACGACGUGACAUCUACAAAACGGAUGGACAAUACCAAACCGAACUGAAACAUGGGAUUAAACCGUCAGAUCCUGCAAUGCAACUGCCAGCUCGGUUAAUGAAUAUCACUGAAAAUCCGAUGGACCAGGGACCAGAACUACCACCCCGACGUCACGAUGUCUUUCCUAUUGGGCGCAGGUCACCGGGUUCCUUGGGACUCUCGAGUACACAACCACAACAGCCGUCCCAUCCGCACACCAGAGACAUUAUUCGGACUGAGGAAUCCAAGGAUAGCGCGUACAUAUCUCGCUCUUCUUCGACGAGGCCGUCACUUUCCCCUCAGUGCAGCCUGUCUGCUUCCAAUUCACAAGAUGAUGGUGACUAUUCCGAGGUGUUUGUAGAUGAUCAAUCUUGUGGAGACAAUGAGGAACCAUCAGCAGCAGAAUGGGUAAGCAAGAACUUCGUCCCGCCUGACGAAGCACAUGCAAACACAAAUAUUAAUCAACCACCCGAUCAGAAGAAAGACACAGGAUACAUUCAAUGGCGCACGUGAACUUGUUCUGCCGUAGCAGCUGCUCGUACAUCAGCUACGACCGACAUGGAGUGUUUCAGGCCUGUGCCCACCAGAGCUCUUGGACUCACUGUGGCAUCAGCGGGAUGGUGGAAGGCCACCCCUUGUGGUAUAUUUUGUAUUCGAAGGUGAAACUACCACGCUUCUUCUUCUUAUCUGGUGAUGGAAAUGAAAGAUAAAGGGAUCUGGUUUCCUUUCAUGGAGGUAUAGAGGAUUCGAUGGCACUGUACAACUCCUUCAAAUUCACAACUAUAAUACUUUUACUUCAUGUUCCUUGUUCUUCCGUUAAUUUUGCCACACAACCAUACUUGUCCUAAUGCUGCUACCAAAAAUAUACUACUUUACUUCUACUAUUUCUACGACGACGACCAGUAGCAAUUCUAGUCGGAUGAGGCACAAAUCUUUUGCCCACUGUUGUGCAUUAAAAAUACAAUGGCUGGAUCUGCCACUUACGACGACGACUAUACUUCUACCAUUUUGUUUAAUUCGACGACAUUUCGGUUAUUUUAGAGCGUCAUUUCUCAUCCCAGUCUCUCGGCGGAUCCCUGCCCUUCUUCCACCCAAGUCGUUUUAGAGUAAAUUAAAACGUGCAUUUUGCUUUUAUACGACUUAAUUUAAAGAAAUUUAUUUGGAAAGUGUUUUUUGUGACAAUUUCGAUAGUAAAGUUCGUUCAGUGUCCGACUCCGGAAUAACCAUUCUUCGUGAUUAGAACUCUGCAUAGCUGGUCUAUGAUAGUAACAAAUCCCUCUUUAACUUCUUCCUUCCGUUAAUUAAUGUUACAUUAUUUCGUUCAAAAAUUUUCGAUUGUUUGAUGUUGUAUAUCGACGUCUUAGAUGACAAGUUUCAUUAUUUCUUUUUACAAUAACUAAAAAUGAAAUGAUGAUGCUGUAUUAUUCAUUCGUAAUCUGAUUCUAUAGAGAUACUUUAGUGCUUCCAGAGGGAUUCGAUAUAAUAUUCGGCCAAGGUAUCAAAUAGGUGUAAACUGUAAAUAAUGUUUUUACUUUUGUUCUUGUGCGGGCACAAGGAUUUUUAAAGUACUUUUUUUUAACCUUGAAAAUAUGAUCAAUAUCUGGCGUGAGAAAAUUUGCUCGCACAUGCCAAACGUGUAAAAAUUUGCAAUAACAGUUUGUAUUCAUGUAAAUAGAAAAUUAAGCUCACAAUUUGCCAUUAAUAGAAAUGGUUUGGUUUAUCGUUUUGCAUAAGUUGAAUGAAAGUGUAUUCUGUUGCAGAUAGCACAAUAGCACCAUAGGUUACCAUUUAAUAUGGUUCUUUUCGUACAAAUUUUGAUUGAUGCAAUCAAUCUAAACUAUGGCUAGUCAAUUUUGCCACAAUAGUCUUAAUACACCGUCAAUAACCCCCCCCCCCC